GCUUGAGCAAUGAGAGCUGGUCGAUUAUGAAGAAUAUGGCCACAGAGCUUGGGAUCAUCCUGAUCGGGUAUUUCACCCUUGUCCCAGCCAUCCAGGAGUUCUGCCUCUUUGCUGUGGUUGGCCUGGUGUCUGACUUCUUCCUGCAGAUGUUUUUCUUCACUACUGUGCUGUCCAUUGACAUUCGCCGGAUGGAGCUGGCUGAUCUGAACAAGCGGUUGCCGGCAGAAGCCUGCCUGCCCCCGGCCAAGCCCGUCAGUCGCUCCCGGCCCAACCCCGUCAGCCCCCCCCAGCGCUACGAGCGCCAGCCAGCCAUGCGACCUGCCACCCCCCACACCAUCACCCUGCAGCCCUCGUCCUUCAGGAACCUGCGCCUGCCAAAGAGGCUGAGGGUGAUUUAUUUCUUUGCCAGGACCCGCCUGGCCCAGAGACUCAUCAUGGCUGGGACAGUGAUCUGGAUCGGAAUCCUGGUUUACACGGAUCCAGCUGGUCUCCGCACCUACCUCACGUCGCAGGUCACUGAACAAAGUCCUUUGGGUGAAGCAGGUCUGCCUCCCAUGCCUGUUCCUGGAGGGGUCCUGCCUGCUGGGGACCCCAAGAUUGAUCUCUCAGUCUUCCCAUCGGACCCUAUCCAGCUGUCAGAAAACCAGACCCAGCAGCAGCAGCGUGAGCAGAAGUCAGGGCUGGAGUCCCUGAGCAGGCUGGAGACAAACCAGCACACUUGGGCCCACGGACCAGAGGGCAGAGGGAACGGACAGACGGAGCUUGGAGCUGAAGCAGAGGUGACCUGGGGAGCAGAGGAUGAGGAGAUUUGGAGGAAGCUUUCCUUCAGACACUGGCCAUCCCUCUUCAGCUACUACAAUAUCACUCUGGCCAAAAGAUACAUCAGCAUCCUCCCAGCCAUCCCUGUCACGCUCUACCUGAACCCACAAGAGGCCUUAGAAGUGCGGCAUCCCCAGGAGGCCAAUCGCUACCACCCCUUCCUAUCUUCCAGCGGGGGGAAGCUGGAUGCUGAAACUCAGCCUGGCCAAACCUCAUCCAAGCUGCAAGGACACCAGGAUGUCACCCUUUACAAGGUGGCUGCUCUGGGUCUGGCCUCGGGCAUUAUCCUGGUCCUGCUGCUCUUCUGCCUGUACCGGGUGUUCUGCCCCAAGAACUACGGGCAGAACGGGCUCUCUCACAGCAGGAGGAAGAGGGGGGACCUGCCCUGCGACGAUUAUGGCUACUCCCCCCCUGAGACUGAGAUUGUCCCCUUGGUUCUCCGGGGUCACCUCAUGGACAUCGAAUGUCUGGCGAGUGAUGGGAUGCUGCUCGUCAGCUGCUGCCUGGUGGGGCAGAUCCGGGUGUGGGACGCUCAGACUGGCGACUGCCUGACUGUCAUUCCCAAACCGAGGUUACGAAGAGACAGCAGCGGCGUCUUUGAUUACCAGGAGGGUUGGGAUCAUAGUCCAGAUGGCAAGAACGGUUUGGAUGACUCCUUUGAGAACAGUCACCAGCUCAAGAGGGUGCUCAACCCUCCCCAGCCACCGCUGUUCUGUGACCAGCCAGACCUCACCUCUCUCAUUGACACCAACUUCUCUGAGCAGGUGAAAGUGGCUGAGUCAGAGACACGGCUCCGCGCUGUCAGCGGUCGCCAGAAGGACAGUGGUUAUGAUUUCAGCAGCCUGGUUGGCAAAGUCUACGAAGAACACGGCACCUCCAACUGCAUGAACUUCACUGGCCUCUCAGCCCCACACGGACAGGCUGGUUUCUGCGUGGGGAGCGGCGCUCCCCGCUCCCUGGGCUGUGGGGCUGAGGAGGGAGGAGGCUGCAGCAGCCGCAGAAGGAGCUUGGGGGAUGAAUCUUUUCUGGGAUUUGAUAAAUCAUCACCACUUCCUUCCUGGGGAGGAGACUCGGAGAGCUCAGUCUGGAGCUUGGACCUGCAGGGGAACCUGAUCGUGGCUGGUCGGAGUAACGGGAAGCUGGAGGUUUGGGAUGCCAUCGAGGGCACCCUCCGCAGCAGUAACGAGGAAGGUCAGUCUGGCAUCACAGCGCUCGUCUUCCUGAACAACAGGUAA